AAAUCCUCGCAAAAAAUUCAGCUCAUUUUUAGCGAAAUAGCUUUAAAAAUUCCAGUUCUCAGUAAUUUCUUGGAUUGAGGAUAAAGUUAUAAAUGUUAUAACAUUUUUCAAAAUUUUCUAAUUUCCCAUGGCUGAAUUAGAAGAAUUAAAGAAAAAGCUCGUCCCUUUAUUUGAUGCAGAAAAGGGUUUCUCAUCCGGGUCAACAAUUGACCCGUCUGAUUCCUACAUGUUAUCGGAUGGUGGAACAGUGAAUUUGCUGAGCAAAUCGUACAAUGUUUAUAAUAUCAAUGAGCUUGGCUUGCAAAAGUGCAGUUCAUCGUCUCCAUUUUCUGAAGAUGAUACUGAAAAAACUUACAGGUGUGCUUCUCAUGAGAUUAGGAUUUUUGGGUCCAUAGGCAGUGGUGCAAGUAGUGUUGUUCAAAGGGCCAUUCAUAUUCCCAAUCACAGAAUUAUUGCUGUCAAGAAGAUUAAUAUUUUCGAAAAGGAGAAAAGGCAACAACUUCUUACUGAAAUACGGACGUUGUGUGAGGCACCCUGUUAUCAAGGUCUUGUAGAAUUUUAUGGAGCUUUUUACACUCCAGAAUCUGGGCAGAUAAGCAUAGCUCUAGAGUACAUGGAUGGUGGAUCUCUAGCAGAUAUCAUUCGUGUAAGAAAGUCUAUACCGGAGCCAGUUCUUUCUGCUAUGGUGCAGAAGCUGUUGCAUGGGCUGAGUUACUUGCACGGAGUUAGACAUUUAGUACACAGAGAUAUAAAACCUGCAAAUUUGCUUGUAAAUCUCAAGGGGGAGUCAAAGAUUACAGAUUUUGGUAUAAGUGCUGGAUUAGAGAAUUCUAUGGCUAUGUGUGCAACUUUUGUUGGAACCGUUACAUACAUGUCACCUGAAAGAAUCCGAAAUGAAAGUUACUCUUAUGCUGCUGAUAUUUGGAGCCUUGGACUUGCACUUUUUGAGUGUGCUACAGGAGAAUUUCCGUACACUGCUAAUGAUGGGCCCGUUAAUCUUAUGCUGCAGAUCCUUGAUGAUCCAUCUCCAUCCCUGUCAAAACAAAAAUUUUCUCCUGAGUUCUGUUUAUUUGUUGAUGCUUGCCUCCAGAAAAAUCCAGAUUCAAGGCCAACAGCUGAGCAGCUUCUUUCACACCCCUUUAUUACUAAGUAUGAGGAUGCAGGGGUUGACUUGGGCACGUUUGUGCGAAGCAUAUUUGAUCCCACACAGAGGAUGAAGGAUCUGGCAGAUAUGCUAACAAUACACUAUUACUUACUUUUUGAUGGAUCUGACGAUCUUUGGCAUCAUAUGAAGACCUUAUAUGUAGAAGAUGCAGUUUUCAGUUUUGGUGGGAAAGAAUCUCUUGGUCAAGAUGAUAUUUUUACAGCAUUGUCAAAUAUUCGUCGAACAUUGGCUGGCGAAUGGCCUCCGGAAAAACUUGUGCACGUCGUGGAGAAACUUCAAUGCCGUGCUCAAGGUGAAAAUGGAGUUGCAAUUCGGGUCUCAGGGUCAUUUAUUGUUGGAAAUCAGUUCCUGAUAUGUGGAGAUGGUGUACAAGUAGAGGGCCUGCCAAAUUUUAGAGACCUUUCAAUUGAUAUACCUAGCAAACGAGUAGGGACGUUUCAAGAGCAGUUCCUUGUAGAACCGGGGAACAUAAUUGGCCGCUACUUCAUAACUAGACAAGAGCUUUAUAUCGUUCAAUAAAUAUUAACGGCAAAGGAUUUUUCCUACUGUCAGGACAUAUUCCUCCAUGUCAUCAACUGCAGCCUUACCUUACCAGCAAUUGUGUUCUUAAUCGUUGGCCAGUUUCUUCAAAAUCAUUUGCGACACGUCAUCAAUAUUUUGGAUUCCAAGAUCUUCAUUGAUGUCUCCAGGAUAUUAACGUUGCAAUAAUGGUUCAGUAUCCAGUUGUUACCUGCUAGUUAUGGUUUGUGAGCCUAUCUUUAAAGUAUCUGUUGAAAGUAAUUUUUCUUGUACAAUAACUCUGUUUGUUGUAUCAUUAGUAAACAUUCAAACCAUCCAUCGAGGAAGAACUUUUCCCAAAACCUUUGAUUAGACUGUAUAUAUUGAGUUCUGAUUGUAUAGCUUGGAUUUAUAAUGGGGAUACAUAUGAUGUUGAAGUUGUUAGUUUGAUGCCCAUUUUUCGAGUAAUGUUCUGUAAAAUCACAUUAUGAAUUUAUGUUCGUUUA